AUUCCACUACCAAUACGCCGCGACCGGGACAACGCCGCUCAGUCUCAACUCGGCACUUAGCUACCUCCCCACUGAACCCAUGAAGGAGUGACUGCUUAUGCUUUUGCGUAUCAUCGCUCAACUAUAGCAUAUCACUAGCGGGUACUUGACUGGGAGUCCAUUGGAACAGCUUCUGUCAGCGACAACAAUGGCCCCGCCUGCGCCUGCCCCGCCCCCCGCGACCGGGCGAUUGACGGACUAUGAACUACAGUAUAUCGACAAGGGAUCCUUUGGCGCGGUCUUUAAAGCCGUGCGAAAGUCAGAUGGCCGCGUCUACGCGUUGAAGCAGGUUGACCUGCGCAGCGCGGACUUCAAGAAUCCUACACUGGACCGCGCAGCAGCCAUAGAUGAGGCUCGCAUGCUUGCACAGCUGAAUCACCCACACGUGAUUCGGCACUUUGAGAGCUUCGUGGAUGGGGAGGGCAAGCUCAACAUCCUCAUGGAGUACGCCUCAAAGGGCAGCGUGCGCCAGCUGGUGAAGAGCUACCGCGGCCGGCCCCUGCCGGAGGAGGGCGUGUGGCGCAUCUUCAUUCAGACGCUCAUAGGCCUGAGCUACCUGCACAGCAAGAAGAUCAUCCACCGCGACAUCAAAAGCGCCAACUUAUUUAUCGAUGCGUACGACAACAUCAAAAUUGGCGACUUCGGCAUCGCGCGCUCGCUGGGCGCCUCGUCCAACCUGGCGCAGACCAUCCUUGGCACGCCCUACUACAUGGCGCCAGAGCUGUGCCAGGACAAGCCCUACGACGCAAAGAGCGACGUGUGGGCGCUGGGCGUGGUGAUGUACGAAUGCUGCAUGGGCCACUACCCCUUUGACGUGGAGAACAACAACCAGGUGGCGCUGAUCCGCAAGAUCGCGCGCGGCGUUUUCAAGCCCGUGUCGGGCCCCUACACGCAGCAGCUCAUCCAGCUCAUCACCUCCUGCCUCACGCUGGACCCACGCCAGCGCCCCGACACCACAGCGCUGCUGCGCAACCCCUCCCUGGUCGCCAAGGCGGGCGCACUCAAAAUCGACCUGAACCCGCAGCCCGCCUCCGCAAAGGAGGACAAGCCCGUCUACGAGCAGCGCGGUGGGGUAGCUACGGCGCCGCCGCCGCAGCAGCAGGUUGGCACGCCGCCGCGCGGCGUGCCGGGCCCGCCCGAGCACCCGUUUGCAAGCCCGCACGGCGGCGGUGGCGGCGCGCCGCCGCCGUACCCCGCACAGCCGUCUCCGCACUCGCCAUACCCAUACCAACAGGGGCAGAUACCGUACCUGCCGCACCAGCGGCCUGGCAGCGGCCGCUCCCCGGGUCCGGGACCGGGCGACCAUCCCUUCUCUCUGCCGGGCGGCCAGCAGGCCCCGCCCUACGGCGCGUACCCCAGCCCGCAGCACCAACAGCCACCGCAGCAGCAGCAGGGCGGCUACGGCGGCGGCUACUCGCCGCCGCAGCCGUACGGGCACCAGCAGCAGCAGCCCUCGCCACGCGGGUCGCCCUACGCACAGCAGCAGCGCGGUUAUAACGGGUAUGGUGGAGAUCCGUACGACCAGCUGGCGGGCGACAUCAACCGCAUGCACCUGCGGGAGAGCGAGGUGGCUCGGAACAACGUGGAGCGUGCUCAGCAAGUACAAGCCAACGCCCAUGCGGGGAGAAUGGACCAUGCAAAGGGAGUCAUCUACGGCGGGCCUCAGGACUCGGGGCCGCGGCCGCAGCGGGUGGCGCCCGAGGCGCUGCCGGCCGCGGGCGCGAGGCCCACCUCGGCCCACGCCGGCGCGCCCUUCGCGACGCACUACCCAGGCGGCGGCUCGCAGCUUCAGACGCACGCCCAGGCCAGCAUGAACGAGGCCUGGCGGGCCACCUACCAGGCGCCGCAGUAUGGCAGACGCCGCAACCCAGAGCUGCAGAUCACGGGGCCCAGCCUGCGCAGCACCAGCGCGCGGGGGGCGGGCGGCGGCGGCGGCUACGCGCGCGCGGCGGACGACGCCACGUCCUACGUCAGCAGCACGUCGUACUACACCAGCGCCAAGUAGGGGGACGGACAUGGGGUGCACUCACUGGCUCAUGCCGUAGUGGGGUGCGGGGCAGCGGCGGAGGGUUGGGUAGGUUGCUUGCUUCUGUGAUUGGCCCAGGUUGACGGGGCCGGUGGGCCUGAUGCGGUCGUUGUGUGUGAGGUGGAUGGGCAAGCGCUGCGUGAUCCAGUAUGACCAGGGGUUGAGUGUGCGAUGGGACAGUGGUAAGCCUUGGUAAGGCAGGUUGGUAAAGUCCCGUAGGGUGCAGCUGACCAGGGGUUGAGUGCAAUAUCGUGGCCAGGUGUGGAACGGACAUCACCAAACACAAUUCAUCCGGGAGCCCUGCAAAGGGCUUUCCUUAUUCAUGCAUUGCGUGUCCACUCGAGGUGUUGACGGUGCAUGGUGUGAAUGACUCGUAUCAAGGCGGCAAAUCAGCGUGCGCACAAGGCUGGGAGUGCAUUAAAGACUGUGGGCUUGCAAUCAGACCAGAUCGACAGGCACACCUUCCUUCCAUUCCGGCAAGACAACCGUACAAUUACGUACCAAUUGAUUGCGGGCUGUAAGAACUUCAGCCUGACAUGCUGGGCCAUGCAAACGAGUUCUGGUAUUAACAUAGCCAAACUGCCAAUCAUAGCCGCGUAGUUUAUUCAUCAUGCAAGCAAGGGCCAAGGCACAUCCUCAGAUGCGC